AUGGAGCUCUUCAGGGCCACGCACACCAUCAAGUCCGUGCCGCACUCCAAGAUGGACGACACCUACCAGCACCCUAACAUCUUCAUCUACAUCAUGAAGAAGAAGAAGAAGGACAAACCAGCGUCGGGCCCCAGGGAAGCCCCGGCGGCGGCUGGAGCUGUUCCUCUUGCUGCUGCAGUGCCGGAGGGGAAGCAGGCGCAGGAGGAGGACGAGGAGGAGGGGGAAGAGGAGGGGGAGGAGGGCGCCGGGGGUAGUGGAAGGGACGUGCAAUCCAGUGCAGGGGCCGACCAGCAGCAAGAGCAGCAAGAGCAGGUCAAUGGGGAACAGCAAGACAAGGAGAAGCAGGAGCAGCAGUGCUGGCAUUCGGCUAUUAAUGACGGUGUUAACGACGGUGGUGGUGGCGGAGUGGCCGUGAUAUCUGGACACGUGGUGACGGGGGGCGUCUGUACUGUUUCCCUGCGGACUGUCGGAACGGCCAUGGCGCUCGCAGCUGGCAACAUCAAUACCAACGCAGCCGCCUUGGGAAAUAGCCUGCACACGCAGCUUGCAGCACCCAUUUUUAGCACACGUGCAGCCUUUAAGCUAUGGCGCAAUUUGCCCUGUCCCCUCCGGCAGCCGCCGGUGGUAACCCCCGGCAGCAUGUCCGCCGGCGCCGCGCCCGGGCCUCACGCCCGGACCUCUGAGCUUCACCCCCAAUCCUCCCCGUUUCCAAGGCAUCAUUUCCGCCGCACACCAUCAAGGCAUGGUCGCGGGAGAGCCUCGCUCAAUACCGGCACCCCGGCCCCCCUCAUCGCCACACAUCCCGCCAUCACCACCGGGCCCGCCGCGCGGAUGCCACGCGGGUGCCACAACACCCGCCGCCUGGCCGCGCCGUCGGCCGCCAGCGGCGCUACCGGUGGGGCCCCAGGUUGGCCCACUUCGCCGCUGGGGGCACAAGACCCUGGCCCAGCCUCUGCCGCGGGUGCAACCCACUUCAACCCUCGCUACACCCUCCCACUCCAGCAAGCGCAGCAGCACCAUCACCACCUUUCCGGCGCCCACCCAGCGCCUCAAGCAAAUCCACAACCGCAUCCAGCUGGCACGUCCGGGCGAAGCGGCAACUCCUGGGCCACGGCGGUGCCGGGAUCGCUAGCUUCUGCUAGCGGCGGCGCUGGCGGCGCUGGCGGCAGCAGCGGCAGCAGUAGCGCCCCCUUGCGGCAGUCGACCCCAUCUCAGUCGUCCAGACCCGCAGCCGGCCCCACUGCGGAUCAGCAGCAGCAACAACCGCAGCAACGUCGGCAGCCGCCGCCGCUGAUGAUGGCAGCAGCGGAGAACCGGGGCAAGAGUGCGGGAGCGGAGGGCUCUGCGGCGUCUGCCGCAAGUGCGGCCGUCGCUACAACAGCAUCGGCGACGGCAAGACAACCGCACGGCGGCGGUCCGGCCGGGAAACGGCCGCCGCCAGAGCCGUACAAACACCAUCAGCAACAGCUGCAACAGCAGCAACAGCUGCCCACGGACGGCGGGCUGUGGCAGCAAGGUGCGGGGGAGAGCACGCAGCUGGAGAGGUUGUACAUCAAGGAUUUUGCGCUGGUUUCGGAGCAAACUGUACGGUUGGGUCCGGGGCUCAACGCAAUUACAGGCGAGAGCGGCUCUGGGAAAUCCGUACUGGUGGAGGCCUUCUCCCAGGUGCUGGGGGCGCCCGCACCACAGGAGUGCGUGCGUGCGCCCGCGGAGGUGGCGGUCAUAGAGGGCACCUUCGUGGUGGGCGAGCAGCAGCGGGAGGCCGUGAUGCAGCUGCUGGCCGCGUGCGGGCUGCCGCUGACGCCGCGGAUGCAGAGGGCGGCGGCAGGGGGAGGCGGCGGUGGCGGUGGCGAUGACGGUGGUAGCGAUGGCAGCGACCGCAGCAGUGAGGUCUCCGGGAGCGGUGCGCUUCGGCUGACUGCGCGGCGUGAGAUCCUGGUGGCCUCCCCCUCCGGCGGCCUCCGCAGCCGGGUCUACCUGAACGGCGCCGCCAGCAGCCUCCGGGUGCUGCGGGAGCUGGGCUCCCUGAUGGUGGACAUGAACGGGCAGCACUCCACCACUAGCCUCAGGGACUCAGCCAAGCAGCUGGAUAUUCUGGAUCGCAUCGCCGGCACCUCGCCUCUUGCGGACAGCUACUGCGCCGCGCUGUCUCGACUACGGCAGUUGGAGGGCCGAUUGGACGAGCUGGACGAGCUGGACGACGAGGGAGAGAGGGCUACCAUGCAAAAGAUCGUGGAUGCGGUCGCCAAGUUGCGUGUGCAGCCCGGCGAGGAGCGGGAGCUCAGACGCACGCUCAAGAAGAUGGAGGCCCGGCGAGCGGCUGUGGAGCAGUGUGGUCUGGUCCGCAUGGCGCUGUGCGGGGAGGGGGGCCGGGGCGGCGUCACGGACGCGCUGAGGACCAUUGAGGCUCAGCUCAAUGCCAUCCUGGCGCAGGAGGAGCAGAACCGGGCCAUGGCGGCGGCGGCGGCUGCGGCGGCCAAGGGGCUCCCCGCGGGAGGAGCCCGGGGUGCUGAUGGCGACGUGGCAAGCAGCGGCAGCGGCGCUGGGGCCGCCGGUGCCGCCACCUCCGCCGCCGCCGCCACCACGGAAGACGAGGCCUUGGAGGAGGACGGUGAGGACGAGGAGGCCGGCGCUACCGCAGCUGGUUUACGGCUGAUGGAGGAAGCACUUGAGCAGGUGGCGGCGGCAAAAGAAACUUUGGCGUCGGCGGAAACCACGGUUCGUGCCUACGCCCGGCGCUACCAGUUCAGCCAGGCCGACCACGACGCCACCUCGGACCGCCUGGCCCGCAUCGAGAGACUCAUGAAGCAGGCGUCCGCCGCGAUCUUCGGAGCCGGUAGGGGCGGCCGCAGUGGCGGCGGCGUAUCGCGCAUCAUCAGUACGGAGCAGCUCCUGGAGGUGGCGGAGGAAUGCUCGUCCAAACUUGCGGCGUACUACGAAAUGGAAGGGCAACGGGAGGAAUGGGAGGCCCAACUAGGGGUCCUGGUGGACGAGAUCCGUACAACCGCAUUGCAGCUGUCCAGUUGCCGGCGGGCCGCCGCCGCUGCGCUGCGGUCCGCCGUGGAGUCCUGUCUUCGGGAGCUGGCCAUGGGGGGCAGCCGCUUCGACGUGCGGAUAGGCUGGGCUGAGGAGCCGCGGAGCGUGGGGGCUGCAGCUGAGGGGCUAUAUGUGGGGGAGGAGGAGGCGGAGGAGGCGGGUCUGGGGGAGCUCGGUGGCUGCACGUAUGUGAUGGGGCCGCGGGGGCUUGACCAGGUGGAGUUCCUCCUGGCAGCGGGUCCCUCGGAGCCCCUCAGACCGCUGGCGGCUGUCGCUUCGGGGGGCGAGUCAGCGCGCGUGAUGCUGGCGCUCAAGGCGGCACAGGCACAGGCAGCGGCUGGCGCCGGCGGCGCGAACGGCGCGCCGCCGAGUCAAGGUCAAGCUGAUGCGAGAUCUCCACCCAUGACGGGUGGUGGUGUGCCCAUCUUAAUCCUGGACGAGCUGGAUUCCGGCAUCGGUGCGCGCCUGGGGUCGGCGGUCGCCUGUUACGCAGCGCACCACAUCAAGGUUCAGAAGCAGCUCUCGCAACACGACCAGCUGCUCAAGGCCGGCUCCAGUACACACGCCAAUGCUGCCAGUGGGGGUGCGGGUGGGGGUGCGCCGUCCGGUACUGGAGUCACCGGCGGCGGCGCCGCAGCCGCAGCGUCAACGGCUGGGCGUGUGACGACGACGUUUGUGCCGCUGAUGACGUUUGAGGAGCGGUGCGAGGAGGUGGCGGCCAUGCUAGGACUGGAUCGCGGUGUGGCGGAGGAGAUGCUGUGUGGGGCUCAGAACCAGGUGUACCCCCGUCCAGCGGAGGGAGGGGAGGCGCCCCAUCUGGUGGCGCCACGUGGCUUGUUCCCGACGACCGAGGCCGCCAACGCCGUCAACGCCGUUACAGCAGCCCAGCAUCAAGAGCAGCAGCGGUGUCAAGUGCUGCCGCUAGGUGGUGGCGGCGAGGGCGCAGCUGCAGCAGCGCCCCUGCCCACGCUGGAGUCCAGCAGCAGCGGCAGCAGCGGCAGCGGCGGCAGCGGCUCCUCGCGUGGCGAAGACGCAUGGCGUGUCGUACAGGACACGUCAUGUGCCGCUGCCGCCGCAGCCGCUGAUGACGGAAACGGCAGCAGCAGGUUCGCUGGAGGGUUCUCGGUCGUGGUGUCUCCCGCCAUGGAUCCAAAUGCCGUACUUCUUGGUUACGAAGCGGCAAGCAUCAGCAGCAGCGGCGGCGACAGCAGCAGCGGCGGCAGCGGUGGCAGCAGGAGAGUCCCGGAUAGAACCAUUAAUGUGAAUCGCGGUGACAGCGGCGGCAGCGACAACGAUAGCGAGGAUUUCGAGGCGGAAGAAGCUGAGCUCUCCGUACAGCUCCUGGCGGGAGUGGAGGCUGCAGCGAUGGAGCACCUGAAGAGGAUGGAGGCGCAGGCUAAGGCCGCGGCUGCGGCGGCCGCCGCUGCCGCGGCGAUUGUGACGCCGGCGGAGGCGAGCGUACUGUCGCCGCAGCCAUCGGCGUCGCCAGGCCUUCUUCGCGAAAGCUCAGCGGAAGCAGCACUAGCGAAGAAAGAGGAGGAAGACGACGACGCAGCGGCGGCGGCUGAGGUUGCUGGGGUUCUUAGGCAGCCUGUACCCGCGAGUAAGGGAGAGGCGGAGGCGGGGUGCAAGGAUGAGGAGAAACCGGGGGAACAGGACCAGGGGCCCCCACGUACCGCUACUGCUGGCGGUAGAGAUCUCGAAGUGGCGAAGGCUGCACAUUCAGCAGCGUCUGGCGCUUCAGGUGCGCACCUUGGGGAUGAAGGCGAUGGCGGCGGCAAUGGUAAUGGUAAUGGUAAUGGUAAUGGUGGCGGCGACACCACGUCGGUUCAAAGCAGCGUGUGGGCGCCGGCGGUAUCCUCGACAGCAGCUCCGACUUUGAGCGAUGAUGACGCCACGCUCGGGUUCGGAGGCGGUGCUGGCGACGUGGCGGGCUCGGAGACAUCUUCCGGCGCCGCCGCAGCGGCCGCCUCUUCCAAUGGUCUGGAACGGCUCGACGCCGUGCCAGCGGCGGCGGCGGUUUCAGGCUCCGGCGGCGGUUUCGUCGUCACCGUACGGCCAUCAAGACCGCCGUUGCCGUAUGAUUUCAGCAGCGGCAGCAGUGUGGGCAAUGAGGAAGAGCUGGAGCCCACCCGCGGGCCGACCAAACAAGGCGACAAUGUCGUACACUUGGACGAGCAGGAACGCGGGUCGGCAAUUCCGUACGAUGCACACUACGAGAUAUCUACAAGCAACCAGGCCCGGCAAGAGCAGCAGGAGUUGUCGUCGCCGUACGUCGAGGCCGCUUCAUAUUACGAAAUAGUAGAUGCCCCGCACAACAUGGCGGCCGGCAACGGCGGAGCCACGUACAGCCUUGGCGGCGAACACGGCGGUGGGGCUGCGGGUGGGCGCUUCGUCCUGGUGCCAUCCGGCCGGGAGGACGAGUUCAGCGAGAUGUUCCGGACCAUCAUGUCCUUCAGUCGGGAGGACUACGCUGCGGAGGCGGUUCGGAGCUACGAAGCCACGCUCGUGGAGGCGAGUGGGAGAGGGAGAGGGAGAGAGAGAGAGGGGUUAGGGCCAAAGGACCCGCACCUCAACCGUGGGUGA